CCUGUCUCUUGCGCGUGGGAAAGCGUUUUCACUCUUCCGCGCUGGAUGGACAUGCAAGCAAUCGACCUACAUCGACACCCGAGCAUCACAAUUACAACCCGUUACCCCGGAUUACAACACCUCAUCCACCUCUCCUCUCGGACACCCUCUUAAUACAUAACAUCUCUUCUCAUACACACACAAAAUGUUGGCUCGAUCCGCCGUCCGUCCGGUCCUCAUGGCCGCCAGGCCCGUCGUGGGCGUUCAACAGAAGAACGGGAUGGCUACCUUGAAGGAGAUUGAGCAGAGGUUGAAGUCGGUCAAGAACAUUGAAAAGAUUACCAAAUCCAUGAAGGUCGUUGCUUCUACCAAGUUGACCCGAGCUGAGAGGGCUAUGAAGCAGGCCAAGAAGUACGGCGCUGCCAACGAGGAGCUCUUCAAGAACUCGGAGAUCGGUUCUGACAACGGUGAUGCCAAGGUCCUCUACGUCGCUAUUUCCUCCGACCGAGGCUUGUGUGGUGGUAUCCACUCGUCCGUGACCAAGGCCACCCUCAAGGCCUUGAACGCCAACCCGGAAGCCCGUGUCGCCGUCCUCGGAGACAAGCCCAAGGCCCAGUUGGCCAGGUCCCGAACCGAUGAUUUCGUCAUCACCUUCAACCAGAUCGGAAGGGACAUUCCGACUUUUGCCGAGGCCGCUGCGAUCGCCGAUGAGAUCAAGACGAAGGGUGGGGAGUGGGACGUCGUCAAGAUCAUCUACAACAAGUACAUCUCGGCCAUCUCUUACGAGCCGACCGAGUUGGUCGUUACCAACGCCAAGUCGUUGAACGAGGCCGCCGGUUUCAAGGCUUACGAGCAGGAGGAAGACUCGACUGGCGAUAUCGCCGAGUUCUCUCUGGCCAACGCUCUCUACCUCGCCCUCGUCGAGGGUCACGCCGCCGAGCAGAGCGCGAGGAGGACUGCCAUGGACAACGCGUCCGGAAACGCCGCCGACAUGAUCGGGAAGCUGAACUUGCAGUUCAACCGAGCCCGUCAAGGAAAGAUUACCGGAGAGUUGAUCGAGAUCAUCACCGGUGCUUCUGCUUUGUAAACGGAGUGAAAACGAAAAGAAAGCGGGGUCAGGAAGGGUCAAGAGCCGAUUUACAUGACCAAGACGUUUGUAGAUAGAGAUGUCGAGUGCAAAAGGGGGAUGAGCAUGGAAUAGAAACCUAUCGAGUGGGCAAGUGAUUCAGCGAUGAUGUCGAGGUGGUCGACACACCGUACCGUCGCUUGUCGCUUGUCGACCGUCGGUUCGGCACUUCGGCGGUGGCUUGAAUUUGAAUAUGAGCCCUCGUGCGCGCGCAUUCGCUCGUUG